GCGAUUCACUAGUACGGGUUAGAAGGUGAUAUAAAGGCGUACGGGGGCUCCGACUUGAUCUGACUUGACUGUAACACGGAAGGAACAGCCUGAAAGCGGGAAGCCCGUCGCUGCCACACCACUUUUUACCAUCAUGGUGGUGUGGGCGGUGCUGAUAUUGGCAGCGGCCGCGUUGACCGAUGCAGCGGUACCAGAUCCACCGGAGAACCCUGGUAUUACUACAAUCGGCUCCAAGAAAUUGGGGACCGCUGCUGAUUGCGCCGGGCUCGUCGCCUUUUCCGCCACCCAAGGCUCGGUAAAUGAAGCUAAACUCGUCCUCUCCGAGACUUUGGUGGAUAAAGGAGUCGGUUACGCGGCGCAAACAGGGAUCUUCACCACGCAUUGUCCAGGCCUCUACCAAUUCAGCUUCGCCGGAUACGGUAGCACGGACCUGCGACUGACGCUCAAACGCAAACUGAACAAAUCCGACAGCUGGACGCCGAUUGUCAGCGUUGGUCCAGGCGGAGGAAGCAAUCUUGUCCUAUUGGAUGUCGAAGCCGGCGAUCAGCUUGCUAUUUUCGUUGAAUCCGGAAAGAUUGCCGACGGAGCUACCUUCACGGGUCAUCGCGUUUAUAAAAAAUAGGCUGGCCUGGUGGACAAGAACCCUCAGCGAUUUCAGGCUGAUCGUUAUUGGAAGAGCAAAAUUAAAAUGUAAAAUGUAAAAUCACCAGCUGAAACUGAUUAAUUCAUAACAGAUUACAAUUGGGACAUUCAACUAAAUGUUAAGGGUCUCCAUUUCCAGUUUGAAAAAGUCCACUGUUGGGUUAAUAAGCAGAAUAAACGUACAUAAAAAUGAGUGAAAUACUAGAAUUCCGAAUUUUGUAUGUUGAUCAUCAAGACUUAUCGUAUUAAAUCGUAAUAUCGUCCGAAUAUUAACUGUAUUCAGAACACAAUCCACAGAAACAUAAAAAAGGGAAAUGGAAAUCUUACCGUAAAAUCCGAAAAUGUUGAAAUCAACGUCUAAGGUACUUUUCAUUGUUGCUCUUUCUCAUGUGCUGAAAGAAUCAGAGUUCCUAAUUCGUAGUAUUGAAAAACUUCUCGACGAAUCUAACGUUCUGUGAUAGCUGCUUCUUCUUGCGGUCAGUUGUUUGCCUAAAAUUUCAACUUAUCUAUUGGUUACUAUUUUUAGUAGCAAAAGUGAACGUUUAACUCGCUUUGCAAGGUCGCGCGUUAAAUCGUGCCAAUUACGUACCACUCAUAUGAUACCCCAUUUUCAACUCGUAAAAAAAAAACUUCU